AACCUCCUCCCACCUUCCAUCCCUAUUCCCUAUUCUGCCUCUCUCAAGAAUAUAUUCACAACUGCACUGCCACUGCAGAUUCCUUCCACCUUCUUCAACAUGUCUUCUCCGACGCCAUUAAUCAAGCAAUAAUUCAGUAUAUAUAUAUAUAUGUAUGUAUAGUUUUUGAUGAAGAUUUUCCAAGUUCAUAGCAUGAAAACCGCAGAGCAACAUGGGCUCGUUCCUCUCUUCCUCGUCCUCUUUCUGUUUCCACGAAUCACCAUUAUUGGAGCUCAGUCGGAUCCGAACCUCAACAACAACCAGUACGCGAGGUUCAGCCCUUCGAUGGCCGUGAUCAUAGUUGUCCUCAUAGCGGCGCUCUUCUUUAUGGGUUUUUUCUCCAUCUACAUCCGCCGCUGCUCCGACGCAUCCGGUGCAUCCGGCAGCGUCCGCCGAGCGCUGUCCCUUGCUGCCCGCCGAGCCACCGCGGCACGCGGGCUCGACGCUUCUGUCAUAGCGACCUUUCCCACUUUCUCAUACGCGGAAGUAAAGGACCACAAGAUCGGGAAGGGGGCAUUGGAGUGUGCGGUGUGUCUCAACGAAUUUGAGGAGGAGGAGACGCUGCGUUUGCUACCCAAGUGCGAUCACGUGUUCCAUCCCGACUGCAUCGACGCGUGGCUCGAAUCUCACGUCACCUGCCCGGUUUGUAGAGCUGAUUUGGCUGCACAGACCGGUGAUGAGCAGCCGAUUCAGGUUCCUGAGUCGACCGGCAAUAACGAGGAGAGUGAUGGUAACGUGGGAAGCUGCAAUUCAAGAAGAGAGGAAAUUGUUGUCCAAGUAGAUGAUAAUCAGCAACAAGAACAAGGGAGUGCGGUGAACCGGCAUGUCAGUUUUGAGUACCCGAGCCGGCCGCAAAGAUCGUGGUCUAUCCGGAGGCCAAGAAUGUUUGGUUUUGGUAAGUUCAGGUCGCACUCCACCGGGCACUCAUUGGUUCAACCAGGCGAAAACCUUGACCGGUUCACUCUAAGAUUGCCCGCUGAAGUAAGGAAGGAAGUGAUGGACCGAGCUAUGUUGAAUCGCACUAGAAGCUCCGCCACUACUUUAGCUAGGGAAGGUAGUUCAAGAAGGGGGUACAGAACCGGGGGAGGAGGAGAAGGAAGCAGCCGAGCUGGAAGAUUCUACCGCAAGAUUGAGAUAUCCGACCGAGAAGUAAAAUCGGAUCGGUGGGUUUUUUUCGCUAGAGGGCUAUCGAUGAGAUCACCGAAGGUGGUGGCGGAAACCGGUGAAGGUUCCACCUCAAAGAGGAGUGGCAGCAGAACGCCGGUGAAAAUGCCGUCGUUCAAGUGCUUGGAGCCUAAGGCUAAUGCCGGAGAUGAAACCCGUCUUUUUCCCAAAGACACGGCUCCGCCUCCGGUUUAGACAAUUUGGCCGCAUUUGACCUUAUAUUUGGUCAAUAUUGGCGGAAAGUGUAGCUUUGAUUGGAAGCGGACUAUAAGGUUUUAUUGCUGUCACUGUAGCUAGAUUCUAAUUACAAGUGUUAGAAAACAGAUGAGAAAAGGACCAAUAAGUUGAUUUUCUUUUUUGAUUUUGAUUAAAUUAUAUGUUUCUUUUUCUUGUUUUUGUAUGUUUUGUGUAAUUAUAGGGGUCCAUAUGAAUUAGUCAAUGGAGAGGGUAUUUAAUGCUGAAUUUUGUGACAUAAGAGGAUAUUGCUAUGACAAGCUUGUAUAUUUUUGUAUUUUAAAAUUUUUUUAUGAUUAUAGAGAUUCUUUGAAUU